UCAAAAUGGACUUCACAGGACCUCCGUAUGGCAAAUGGAAUGAACAACUCGGUGCCAACGCAACUAAUCAAACUGAUCAAAAAGCCAAGAUUUUGGUGGAUAGUAUGUUAAAUGGAAAAUCUGAUAACCAGCAAGCCAGAAACAUCGCAUCUCCAACACACACCAAUUGCUCGAAUUUUCGUUAAAAUUUAAACUAGUCGAUAAUUAUUUGAAUAAAUCUUUAAAUUUC